CACAUAGAGAUCCACACGCAUACCCACACGCACACGCUCAGUCCAGCAGCACUUCAGGGUCAAUCGUGGGCACCAACUCGACAAACUGCCGCUCAAACCUCAGCCUCUCCUCCUGCGUGAAGUGCCACAAACUCUCACCAUCAUCGCCUUCAGCCUCGUGUGCCGCGUCGGGGGAGGCUCGCUGGUCGUGGGUAGUACUACUGGCAGCAGGAGAAGGGCUCAUCAAUGCCGAUCGAACGUACCUGUGGUCACACGGCCAGACAGAAGGGCGGACACCUGUCUCUCUCUCUCUCUCUCUGUGUGUGUGUGUGUCUGUCUGCCUGACUUGAUGUCGUUGGUGUUAGCGACCUCGCAGUGCCCCAUGAGUGCCUCCCCAAAGCUGAUGAGCGUCUCGUCACUGCCUGCACCAAAACACACGUACAGCACCACAGUGACUGCCUGCUCAAUGGUUGGCUGGAUGAGAGAGAAAGCCUGCUGGCCGCUUCCCCCCACCGGACCGACCUACCGGCAAGGAAUGCGGCCGCCAGGGCCUUGCUCUUCUGCAGCAGCUUCCUGUUGACAGUGUGGGCCAUCUUGCCGCCCACAAUGCUCGCAGCCGAUCGAUUCUACACACACACAGAGACACAACGUGAGUGCACAUCGACGUGGUCACGAAUGGGCGUAUACCUCAACGAGCACGCCCCUGAGGAAGCUGCCGAUGGGGUGUUCCAUGGGUGUGUCGCUGACGCGCGGAUCGGCCAGGUCGACGAACGGGCGGAGGGCAUAUGCGGGGUCGAAGAGCACCUGAGACUUUCUCCUGGGUGUCCCUGCCGCCAGGUUGACAACCACAGUCCCCUUGCGGAGAGACCCACGGAGGUCGAUGGACACCUGAUGACAGACACAGACACAGACCUUGUGUCUCUCCCCUUGUGUGCAUUUGAGGCUUACUGCGUCCAGUUGGUAGGGAGGUACGGCGACAACUGUGUGCGUUGAUGAAAGGGGAGAGGGAUCACCUCACAGAUGCGCGUAGGCAAUGCAUCCGGCUGGCUGGUUGGCUGGCUUACUCAGCAGGUCAGCGAAUGCGGCCACCUUGGCGUUGUCAAAGACACAGAGGUGCAGACCCUUGACCAGCGGGCUGCCCUACCACAGACGCAAGACAGGACAAAAACCGUGAGGAACUAGCAGAGCACCCGGGCAGGCCCUUCCCUCCCUCCCUCCCUCCCUCCCCAUCUCACCCGCAGCUCGUCUGCCCUCCGUGUGGACACAGCUAGGCACCUCGGCGACGGCAGCAGCUCUGCACAGGCCAAACGACCAAGAAUCUCCCAGUUCAGACACGCAGGCGCAGGGAUUUAUUCCAUCUCUCGCACCAGCAUGUCUCAGGUAUCUGAGUAUCAGCCCUCCAACGCGCCCCACACCGAUGAGCCCCACGCGGAGCGGCGAGCGUGUUGCCGGCUCAGGCGAAAAUGACCUGCUCUCAUCGUCACCAGCGCCCCUGUGAGACGACGCACUGUCGGCCUCUGACUGACAUGUGGGCCACGCAGGUAGAGACAGGUGCAGGCAGGCAGUCCCCCUUUUGGGGCUUACGGAAGUGCCGCCCUGCAGGUGGGCUUUGACACGAAGGAAGAGCAGUAUCAACAAGGCGACCUGGUACACCAACACCUGCACAGAGAGAGGACCAUACGAGCCGACAAAGAUACACCCAUGCGGCGCAUCCACAGACACGCACCUGUUCCACCACAUCUGCAGCCAGCAGCGCCUGUUGGAAUCGGGGCUCGGGAAUCAGCCGCUCCACCCAAGUGGUCAGCCUGGCGGCCUCCAGCCUUUCGCGAGGCAGCAACUCCGACAAGGCAUCGCUGAGAGCAAAGUGCAUUGCAUGCCUUCCUGUGUGCGUCUUUGUAUCCAUGUUGGCUCACGGUAUGAGAGAGUGCCGCCUGGGCGAUAGUGCGGCCAGCCGGGGUGACGACGCGGCCCUCUUGUACUCCAUGGCCAUCAUGGCCUCCGUCAGCGGCACGUCGGGCAGCGAUAUCCUCAGCUGCCUCGGCAGGGACCCUUCAUUUAUUCUGUCGCUUGUCGGUGAGCCAACAGGGGAGAUGGGGUCGGCAACAGGCUGCUGGGAGUAGGGGGUGGAGUGCGGCACGGCAGCCAUGAGUCCUCUCCUUUCACAACUUGAACCUUCAAG